AUGGACGCGCGCACCAGCGGCACCAGCACCGCCGGUGGCGCCACGGGAGGCGGGAUGUACACCGGCAGCGGCAGCGGCAGCCCUGGGGGCGGUGGCAUCGACCCGAUGCGUGAGAUAAUUGUUCUGGCGGCUUGCGGUGCCAACGAGCUGCUGCCACAGAAUCCGGACCUGCCUGCUGACGUGUUCACGGCGUGCCUGACGACGCCCAUCAAGGUGGCGCUGCGGUGGUUCUGCUCGCGAUCUCUGCUGCGCCACGACGGCCUCACGAAGGAGCUCAUAGACAGGAUUCCCGGGCGCCAGACCGACCGCAAGACCCCCCUGGGCGAGCUCAACUGGAUCUUCACGGCCAUCACGGACACGAUCGCAUGGAACAGCCUGCCCCGCGCCACAUUCCAGAAGCUCUUCAGACAGCGCAUCCUGGCGGCAGCCAACGCGACCCCUGUGUCGUGGCCGCGGCUGCCGCCCACGCACCAGCACCCCAUGUGGCAGGCCUGGGACAUGGCUGCUGAGAUGUGCCUGCUGCAGCUGCCCGCCCUCCUGGCGGACCCCGCUGCGGAGUUCACGCCCUCAACCUUCUUCAGCGAGCAGCUCACCGCUUUUGAGCUGUGGCUGGCUCACGGCAGCGCCGACAAGAAGCCGCCCGAGCAGCUGCCGAUCGUGCUGCAGGUGCUGCUGAGCCAGGUGCACCGGCUGCGCGCGCUGGUGCUGCUGGGCCGCUUCCUGGACAUGGGCCUCUGGGCCGUGGACCUCGCCCUCAGCGUGGGCAUCUUCCCCUACGUCCUCAAGCUGCUGCAGACAACAUCGUCGGACCUGCGCACAACGCUGGUCUUCAUCUGGGCCAAAAUCCUCGCCCUGGACACGAGCUGCCAGGCUGACCUGGUGAAGGACGGUGGCCACCUGUACUUCCUCAAGUACCUCGAUGCACCAGAGCCCGGGAUCGACCAUCACAGCAGGGCGCAGGCGGUUUUUGUGCUGGCGACCGUGUGCGACGGCCACCCGCGCGGCCAGGCGCUGUGCUACCAGGCCAACCUGCUGGGCUCCCUGCUGCGCUGGCUGCAGCUGCUGCUGCCAGGCCUGGCAGCGCUGGAGGCGCAGCAGGCUGCUGCAGCUGCAAGCGGCGGCAUGGCGGGCGUGGGCCCGGGCGUGUCGCGCGGCGCAGCGCUGCUGGUCAAGUGGUGCUGCCUGGCCCUGGGGCGCCUGGUAGAAGACGCGCCAGAGGCCGCGGCGGCCGCCAUGCGCGACGGCGCCCCGGAGCUGCUGUCCAGCCUGCUGGGGGCCCUGGACCCAGAGCUGCGUGCGGCAGCGGUAUUUGCUCUCGGCUGCCUCAUCCACUCCCAGCCACGCGUGGGUCCCGGCGGCGCGGCGGCGGCCGACUCGCGGUUCUCCCAGCUGGGGGUCAGCAUGGCCUCGUCGUCCUCCGCGUCCCUGGCCACGCAAGGCCUCGGCAGCAGCGCCGCCCUGGGGGCAGCGGGAGCAGGGGCCGGCAGCGCGGCGAGCCUGGCGGGCACGGGGGGCGACCCUGCGGGCGGGGCGAGUACGGCGGCGGCUGCUGCUCUGCUGGAGGCGUCUAUCAAUGCGGAGCAGAGCAUCGCGGCCCUCCUGCUGCGCGCCAACGUGGUGUACGAUGCAAGCGCGCUCGUGCGCAGCGAGCUGGCGGUUGCCCUGGCGCGGCUGGUGCGCGGCCACAUGCCCCUGCUGGAGGACGCCAUCCAGCAGCUCAGGGAAAGCGUGAGCUAUCAGCAGCGGAAGGUGACGGAGCUGCUGCGCGCCUACCAGCGCCAGGCAGCCGUGCCCCAGCACAUGCCUGACGGCGCACAGGCCAGCGACAGUGCCAUGGCGGCAAACAGCGGCGGCAGCAGCGGCAGCAUUGGAGGCGGCGGGAGCGGGGGAAGCGGCGGCAGCGGUGGCGGUCCUCAGGGCGCCAGCAGCUCGCGGCAUCAUCUUCAGCAGCAGGGGCACGGCCAGCAGCAGCAAGGGCAGCAGCUGGGCAGCGCAGGUACCGGCGGGUUCCACAGCACCAUCACAGGCUGGGCUGGUGGCGCGGCAGGCGGCGGCCUCUACGUGCCCGAUGGUUCUUCAGUAGCGGCGGCAGCGGCCGCGGCAGGCGUGGGUGGUGGCCCUGGGUCCCAGACGACGGUGUACAGCCUGCUGCUGGAGACAGUGCUGGCGCUAGCCACGGACCCGUCGCCGCGUGUCGCGCGCCUGGGCCGGCGCGUCCUGGGGCUGGCGCAGAUGGAGCUGGCGCCUCUGGUGGUGGGGUCGGUGCCGGCGCCCCAGGUGCAGCGCUCAACCAGCGGCCCGGGGCCAGGGCUGUCACCCAGCAGCAGCGUGGGCGGCUCCCUUGGCAUCGGGUCAGCUGGUGCAGCGGGCUACGGCGGCGCGGGCAGCAUGCCGGGUGCCAGCGUCGGGUCCACCGGCAGCGCUGGUGUUGGGGCGUCCCUGGGCAGCCUCACCAGCAAACUCGUCAAGGGGGGCCGCAGCUGGCGCAGCGGCUUCGCGAGCGGUGCCACAGCGGGCGGCGGCGGAGGGGCAGGAGUGGGCGGCUCUGCUGCGCGCCUGCCAGGGCCCCCCGCCCCGGCCGCGGCGCUGGGCAGCUCAGCCAGCAUUCCCGGCAGCGCUGGGGGCUCGCCACCGGGCAGCCCAACCAGCAGGGACACAGCGUCGGCGGCGGCAGCGGCGGCGGCGCAGGCCACCGGCUUUGCGCGGCGGCAGUACAUCCUGCGCAGCACAGCGCCGGAGCAGCAGCAUUUAGACGGCCCUGAAGGCGGCCUGUCGCGCUUGUCGAGCGGGGCGCCCAGCGGCGUCGGCGGUGGCGACGACGGCGGCGGCCUCAGCCCCCAUGGCGGCGGCGCAGGAGCUUCUGGCGGUGUGCGCGGCUCCCAGCCUUCGAGCACGGUGUACGCUGCAUCCUGCGAGUACUUCAGCCGUCCGAUGCUGGAGCCCCAGGCCAGCGCGUGGCGCGAGCUGGAGGCGCACAAGGUGGCGCCCUGGAUGGCGCUGCAGGACGGCACGCGCAAGGCGCAGCGGCUGCGGGAGAUGGAGGCAGCGCGCACACGCUGCAGGGGCGCUACCAACCCGCGGCUGCGCGAGCAGGUGAGCUCCAUCGAGACGGGUGCGGAGUCGCUGACGUCGCUGGUGUUCCACUCGUUCCACCUCCUGCUGGUCACGGCCGACCAGCGCGGCUACGUGCGCGUGCAGAACGCGGCGGACGGGUCCAUGCUCAACACAUUCCACGUGACAAACGGCUCGGCCCCGGGCGACCCGGCCGUGACGCCGUCGUCGCUGGUCUACCUGCGGCAGCUCAACGAAGCGGAGUCAAACCUGCUGCUGACAUGCGCUGCGGACGGCGCCGUGCGAGUGUGGCGCUCGUACCUGCACAACGGCAACCAGCGCCUGGCAGCCGCGUGGCAGGCCGUGCCCAUGCGGCAGCCAGCCGCACCGGUGCCCUGGAAUGCGUCGUUCGCUCUUGCCGACGCGACGCGGCAGUACUGGCUUUACGCCGCGGGCGGCUCCCACCCCGACGUGCUGCAGCGGUGGGACCUCCAUAGCGAGAUGUGCGCCCAGCAGAUUGCCGUGCGCAGCAGCAGCAGCGGCAGCAGCUGCCCCGUCGCCAUCGAGCACCUCAGCGUGUCACAGAACGACCCGCACCUGCUGCUGGCCGGCUGCAGCGACCAGAUGCUGCGGCUGUUCGACGUGCGCGCUGGGGCGACGCCGGCGCUGUCUGUGCACGCAGGCCGGGCCCCGCUGGCGGGCAUGGUGCUGGAGCCGUGUGGCCGCUCGGGUGCUGCGCUGACAGGCAGUGCCACGGGUGAGCUGCGCUUCCUUGAUCUGCGGCUGGCUGCCGGCGAGGGCGGCGGCGACGGCGGCAGCUCGUGCGUGGUGCGCAGCGUGCAGGCCCACAGCACGGGCGGCAUGAGCGUGCUGGCCGCGCACCCCAACGCGCCGUUGCUGGCGACGGCGACGGCGGCCAGUGCGAGCGUGGUCAAGGUCUGGACGGACACGGGUGACCUGGUGGGCGCCAUCAAGAGCGCCGCCCCGCAGCGCAUGGCUCCCGUCACCGCCAUGGCCUGGCACCCCUACAACCUCUACCUGGGGGCUGGUGGCAAGGACAGCGUCGCCAGUGUCUUCAUCGUCGACCAUGUGCCGCCGCCGGUCGGAUCAGUGGGCGGCCAGGCCGCAGCGGCAGUCUCGCCAGCUGCCUGCGUGCUGGCUGUGCACCACUAG